ACCAACCAGAUGAAAGCUGCUCUUCUUCUCACAGGUGGUUUAGAUACAUGUGUGCGAAUUCAGCAUUUCUACAGAGACACGUCAGGUGUAUAGGUCAGUGUUGGAACAUCUCAGACAUGGUCUGAGGAUUUAAGCUCGCAAAUCGUACGGGAGUUUUCUUGCUAGCUUUAGCAUAUCUCAUGUCAGCUGCUGCUUUGAUGUGUUACAACUUGGUAUUUUCACUCUUAAAACGUUGGUAUAUUCCAAGUGUGGCUAGUUAUAGGUGUGUCCUUCUGCAGUCCGAAUGCUAAAAUACGAAUCUUUAAAACCAUGAAGGAGUUUUUGAAGAAGACCCACAGCCUCUUUCUGAAGAUCGCUCUGUUUCCUAGCACGUUAGGCAGGACAGGUCCGCGGCCAGCUGCUUCGGAGGUGUUAACCUGUCACCUGCAGCAGCGCAGACUUCCUCCGUGGACUUCAUACUGUGUCCGCUACAGCUCCGUCCACAAUGACCAGUUUGGAAUGUCAAACUUUAAUUGGAGAGUUCAGGGAUCCAACUACCACAUUCUGAGAACGGGAUGUUUCCCCUUUAUUAAAUAUCACUGCACUAAAGCGCCUCCUCAGAAUCUGGAUUUUGAAGACAGAUUUUUCACCAUGUUAAAAGUUAUUAAUCUGGGUAUCCCUUGUUUGGCCUAUGGCAUUGGCUGCUGGAUGGUGGUGGGAGCAUCAGAAACAGUACAGACGAGUGUCGGACCUGUUACAGUCUAUUUUGCCUACAAAGAGGAGGAAGGUGCACAGUACUGAAGUGAAGAGGAAACAAAGUAACUUGAAUGUGUUUUCAGGAGGAUAUUAUCUACCAAGCUGCUGUAUUUUUGAAACCAUUAAAAAGGAGCCUUUGUGUUUUUUUUCUUUGCUUUUGGUCCUAUAUGCUAUUUUAAUUAUCGACGCUCCUGUUAUACAGAGUUUAAUAGUGAGGUCAUCUUACAUUCAAGCAAUCCCUGUGAAUGAAUGCUUUGAAGUCAGACUGCUCUGAACACUAAGUUGCAUUUUUGCUACUGUUGGCUUAGUUUGAUCUCAGGCACAUACAUGUGAGUGUGAGCAAAGAAGCCCUACCCACUGAUCAGAUCUGAGCAGCCAAUCAGAAGGUGAACCAGAGAGAAAACUGCUUAUUUCAGAUAGUAAAAAAAGUGUCCCAAGGCAAAGCAUAAGAAAAAUAUGGAUUUUUUAAAAUCAAUUUUUCAAAAUCUUGUCCUGUCAGGGAGCUUUGCAAUCAGAUUGUGAUAUGGAUUAUUUUUAAGCAUGAGUCAAGCAAGAAUAAAAACAUGGAGCUGGAAGUGAACAUAACAGGUCCCCUUUACCGUCAUGUCAGUAGUGCUCUAGCUGAGUGGCACAUCAUAUUGACUGGACGAGCAACCAACUUUCACAUGGGGUCAUUCUGCUCAAGUUUGCUUUUUUUCCCAAGGAAAAAAAGCUAUGCACAAUUAUAACCAGACAAACAUUGUACACUAACAGAGAAAUGUAGCUGCACUUAUAAAUGUGCAAAAAUAUCUGUCAAAGAUUGCAGAAGCAAAACAGGAGACAAUCAGUUACAGAAGUGGAUCAGCAAUCUCACCACGGUCUAGAACAGUUGACUGUGGGCACACAAGAUCUUCAACAUUUUCCCAUUUGUUUUGUCAUUUCCAAGUAGACUCGUGCUUUAAAACUAUCUGGUUUGGGUACUUCCCAAAGUCUGACCUGCAUAGCCUCACCUGUUCGGUGUCGUCCUCAGUCAUGCUGGGUACCACAAAUGCUGCAGAAAGACUAAACUACCAUGAACGAAUGAUUAUACUGAGUUUGCACUGCUAUAACUUAUCAGUGAGAGACAGGUGUUUACCAAAUUGUAUGACCUAGUUCACUUAGAGUAAGUGUAUCGCUAGAAUUCAACUUAAGGGACACUGAGUUUCCAGGGUAGGCCUGGACCCCUGAGAUGCGCUUCUUGGACUGCAUAGAUUCAGUUGUGUUUAAGUACUAUUAAAUAUUUAAAGUUGAA